UUUGUGACCAGUCACACCACCACCACCACCACCUUUACCACCGGGAGAGAAACGCGAGCAACCAGCGAUCGCCAUGGCUCGCUCUGUCUCCGUCGUCGUCGUCCUCCUCCUCUCCGUCCUCGUCUCCGCCGCGUCCGCCGCACGGACCGUGGGCGACACCGUGCAGGACGCGUGCAGCAAGACGCAGUUCCCCAAGAUCUGCGUCGACAGCCUCGCGGCGAAGCCGGAGAGCCAGAAGGCGACCCCGCGGAAGCUGGCGGAGCUGUUCGUGAACAUCGCCGCCGAGAAAGGGUCCGGGAUGGCCACGUUCGUGCACGGCAAGUACAACAACGACGCCAAGGACAGCGCCCUGUUCAAGUGCUACGACAGCUGCUCCGACGACGUGGAGGAGGCGGUGGCGCACCUCAACGGGCUCGUCCGGGAGCCCACCGACGCCAAGUUCCUGGAGCUCAAGUCGUGGCUCUCCUCCACGCUCGGCGGCACCUCCACCUGCGAGGACGCCUGCAAGGACGCGCCCAAGAGCGGCGACAAGGACGCCGUCGUCAACUUCAGCCUCGACUUCGAGAAGCUGCAGCGCGUCACGCUGGACCUCAUCACCGAGGCGUCCGGCUCCAUGUCCGCCGGCAUCGCACUGCCGCCGUCCGACGCCGGGGCGCCCAGCUCCUACGACGCGGCCGCGCCGUCGUCGUCCGGAGGAGGCUCAGCGGACGCCCCCGCCGGCGCUGAUGCCGGCGCCGGCGCCGGCUCCGAGGGCCCUGCUGCCGCCAGCGGCCCGUCGUCUGGUGGUGACGCGCCGGCGGACGGCGGCAGUGCCGCCAGCGGGCCGGCCGCUGCUGAUGCUCCGGCGGCGGCGGGGGCGGCGUCAUCAUCCGACGGGCCCUCUGGCGCACCAGCGCCAUCGUCGUCUGAUUCGGCCUCUGGCGCACCAGGACCGUCGUCUGAUGGUGGGUCGUCCAGCGCUCCGGCGCCAGCGGGCGGCGACGACGACGACGAUGCCGAUUCCGACGACGGGUCAGCUUGAGCGUACGUGAGCGAUGAUGACGCGCGGGUUUGCUUGGAUCAUUAGGUGCCUACUCCAAGACGAUCGACGAUCCCCUUCUUCCCAUUGCAUUUUUUUUUGCCGUCCGGCCGUUUUCCUCUUGACAAUGUAUAAUGAUAAUAACAGUGGAUGAUCGAUCCUACGUACUUACGUACGUAUUUAUAGCUAGAUGAAGGUGUCUGUGUAGUGACCCAUCCAUAGACGAUGAUGCUGACAGAUCGCACGCAGUCUCCUUAGUCGGCUGAUCCAUUAUAACAUUAAUGAUAUCAAGUCUUUCAUGUUUUUUUAUUACAUUUAUUUAUGGCAAUCAAACUAAUGAUCGAUGCCCUGUCUUCUAUCUUGUGAUAUGUAUAUAUGUGUCCUUAUAAAAAAAAUUGUAAUAUAAACAUAUGUUAUGUAUUCGUUGCAACAAGUACAA